AUGAUCUUUCAAGACAAGGUCGAAGAUGCCACGGCCAAAGCGGCUGUCUUGCCGCGAUUCCUCGCGUUGCCCUUGUGUUUGUGGCCCACUCAAGCGGCACGACGGCAACUCCAACAAUCGUUGGCGGCAAUUCUGCAACAAGAGAUUUGGAAUCAUCAUGGUAGCAAAGAUAGUAUGGGUCCUUGGGCGCAAACUUACUUGGAGGAAGGAACGUCCCCCGAACGAGCCGCCGAACAUUUGAUUGGAUUGAUCUUUGCCGGACACAAAAAUCCCAGUAUUGGAGCGGGACAAAGUUUGUGCUUUUUGCGGACGGAAUUAUCGUCGGAGCAACAACAAUGCGCCACCCAAGAGGCCCGUCAACUGUGUGCAGCCUUUCAAGACAAGAACAAAAAUCUCACCGAGGCAUUGUUAAAUGCCACCACCUUGCGAGCCUGUGUCUUGGAAACCAUGCGUGUCACGUUGGGAGCCAUUCGGUAUGCCGAAAGCGCCGUGAAAUUGCCGGGAGAUAUGAUCAUUGAGGCGGGGGAAACCGUGUCUCUGGCGCAUCAUGCCAUGCACAUGGAACCGUCGCUGUGGGGAGACAAUCCCGCUCAAUUUUCGUUGGAUCGUUGGCAGCAACAAGAGACAACAAACAACGACUCGUCCUUGGAAAUUCCCGUGGAUCACUACAAAUUGACGACGUUUUCCAAUGGCUUGCACAAGUGUCCGGGUGAAAAGGUGGCAUUGGCCAUGAUGGAACUGUGGUUGGCAAUCAUGUUGACACGAGAUGCCCAACUCGUGGGUGACUUGCCCCCGGUUUCCUUUGAACGGGCGACGCUGGCGCAGCGGGAAGGACCCGUGGGCUUUUCCGUGCGAUCGUCCUCGUCGUCGUAG